AUGGCCGAUCCAUCUGAGUUCCCCACAGACCCGGGUCUCGCCACUGCAGUCGCAUCAGCAGGUAUCACUGAGCGCCGUACCCAGACUUCAAAACAACAACAACAACAACAACAACAACAAUCAAACCCUGAUACUUCUGUUCCACAACAACCCCCCUCAACUACCUCUUUACCAACAGGCGUGUCCUUUUACACUCCAGAUGACCCAGAAACUUAUCCAUCCUCAGUAGCAUCUUCCUACGCAAACAGUCCGAAAAUCUCAAUCACUCACGACGAAGACCGCAGCCCAGAUGAACCUGAAGACUUGGGCCCAUAUCCCCUCCCAAUUUAUAACCACAAAAAUAACAGUACUAGCAGCAGCAGCAAUAGUAUCAGCAGCAAGUACUCAUCUUCUCGAGGGUCUUUAGUUAAUCUACUGCGCCAAUUCCUCACCUCAGGCUCCAGCAACAAUGGCAGUGGUAGUGGCGGCCAUAGAAACAAUGCUCCCAAACUUUUCGCAACAGCAACUCCUGCAAAAAUUGGAUCCACAAUCAUCCUCAUCUUGUUGUGUUUAUGGUUUUUUGUCUCAGUGGGCAAUGGCGGUAAUGCCUCGCGUCCUGCUCACAUUAUUAAUCCCACAAAAAAUGCAAUUUUCACAGAUGACCCUCUUAUAUACCCGGACCUUACAUUCCUAAGUGUCGGGUCCAAAAAAAGCCUUGGAGGUAAGAAAAGCGGCCCUAAUAAAGCCCCAGGUGAUUAUGCUCCAGACUCUAGCGACUCAAACGUCCCUGCAGCAGCCAAAGGUUCCAAAAAUGACUUGCAGCCAAAGGAUCAAGAUAAACCAGAAUCUUCCAUUGCAGAAUCUAAGCUUCAAGCCAUCCCCUCUCUCGUUUUCAAGCCCGAAAAUCCCCUGGCCCAUCUCUUUGAUUCUAAAAAACGUUAUCCUCCCGUUGUUCUUGUAACUGUCAUUAACCCUGACAAGUACCGUAGUGAUUAUCUUGAAAAAAUUAUUGCAAACCGCAAAAACUAUGCCAAAAAGUUUGGCUACGGCUUGUACGUGCGCUUGGCAUCCGACUUUAAGGAAUCACAGUGGAGCAACUCGCCAAACCAAAACCCGUCUUGGGCAAAAAUUGCUGCAACCCGUGCAGCUCUCCACGCAUUCCCCUUAUCGCAUCACUUUUGGUACGUCGACCAAACCGUAGUGCUCACGGACUUUGAUCGCUCCGUUGAAACGCGUCUGAUAGAACCAGCUGCUUUACGCGGGCUUAUGCUUCGCGGCAUCCACGUGCUUAAGAAUUUUGAAGUUAUCAAAACAUACAAGAAUACGGGAGCUGAUAGUAUCAAACUUAUCUUAACACAGGAUGGCUAUGGCGUCGUGACAUCCUCCUUCCUCCUGGCCAAUGUCAAUAAUGACGGCCGGUUGUUUGCCUCUUCUCUGUUGGACUACUGGGGUGAUCUUGCAUAUGUUUCGUACAACCAAUUCGAGGAUCGUGCAGACCAAAAUGCGCUUAACCACUUUUUGUUGUGGCACCCGUCGUAUCUUUCAAAAACGGCAAUUGUGUCGACACACGCCCUUUCAGCGUACUCAGAACUGAAAGGGUCUUCAGCCAUUCGCGAUAUCAAGCUGAUAACUAAAACAAAGGACGAAAAUGGUAACGAGCAACAAGUUUCGGUGCAAGCACCAGUCAACAAAGAAAUGGAGGCUGAAUAUAAAUACUUUAAAGGUGAUCUUUCAGUGUUUUUGACCAAGUGUGAGAAGACAUCUUCUCUCAAUUGUCUUCAGGAAAUGUCUGACUAUUACAAGGCUUAA